AUGCAUCUCCCACCUGGCUGUCUUGUCGUUGCUGGUGUCGUUGUUGGUGUCAUUGUCAUCGCUGGUGUUGUUGUUGUCAUUGGUUUGGUGCCGCCGUUAGAUUUCGUUUGCGUUACUGGCAUUUUUUCUUCAUACGGGGCUUGUCUUGUCUUCAUUGGAUCUGGGAAUUGUGCGGACGUAGCUCUUGAUUUUGUCGGGCUGGAAUCAGCGCUCUUGGUUCUUUGUGACAUAGAAUCGGCACCAAGUUUUGGUGAAGUUACCAUUGUUGAUGUUAUCGUCGGUGUGACAAUAUUCGUUGGUUUUUGGGGUUUGUCGAUGUUCGUUGCAUACUUUGUGACGUGA